AUGCCGUGUCAAAAUGGACCAGAAGUUCUCAAACGUUUUGGAUCUGAUAAUCAUAAUCUGUUGAGCCUUCUGCGAAAAUUGAACUGGCUUCACGUAGUUGUGAUUUAUACGGAUGAUUCUUAUGGAAUGGACAGUUACAAGGAAUUUUUGAAAAUAGCACACAAUACGGAAAUCUGUAUCAGCCAAGCAAUUCAGAUCCUAUCUACAGACACAGCCAACAAUAUUUUCCUAAAACUCAGUAACAUUGUGACUAGUGAAGCGUUUGGCGGAUUGAUGUUCUCACCAUCUGCCACCACCAACAAAAUCAUGGGAGCCUUAGCUCGACGAGGGGACGCUGGAAACCUCCAGUGGAUCGUUAACGACCUCCACAUCGAAAAGGCAAGCACAAACCCGUAUCAUAAAGGUUCUUUGUUAAUGGCACCGAAGUCUACGCAGAUAGACGAAUUCCGCGAACAUUGGGUCAAACUUGACCCCAGAAAUCCUCCGUCGAAUAAUCCUUGGUACUCAGAAUGGUACAUGACAACGCACUUGUGUAAAAUCAGCAACUCCGUCAGCAGCAAAUUCUCAAGCUAUCCCGACUGUGUCGUCCAGAGUUAUUCGAAGCGAAAAUCCGAUUUCGAGCAGUAUUUUUAUGUGGAGCCAACCGUGAUAGCGCUAUUCACGUUUGCAAAAGCUCUCAAAAGUGCCCAGGCGAACCUUUGUUUCUCGAGCAGUGGUCUUUGUGAUAACCUGCUGAAGUUGUCUGCCGAACAGUUUCACCAGCAAUACCUAAAGGCGACUGAUUUCAGUUUUAACAGUUUGGAUGGAAUAUCGAGUUUCGUUGGCAAAAGAAUCAGUUUCGAUUCUCACGGAAAUAUUGAAAACCCCGAAUUCCUUUUAUGGAAUUAUCGAGAUGAAAAUGGAAUUAAAAAAUUUGUCGAGGUAAAAGACACAGCUGAUGGCAGCAUUACUUUAACUGUGUUCGACGGAUUAGCCGAUUCUUUUAAGAAGUAUUUAGACAAACAAGAUAUCAAGUCGGACAAAGUGCUCACAGCUUGGUACCAAGCUCUAUUCGAUUGCUACCUCAAUGCCGGAUCAAAAGGUUCUUAUCAGAAGGAAUGUGGAAAUGACGCUCUAACAUCUUCGUCCAAAUUCUCCAUUGGAAGGUCCGUCUACAGCACAAUCAACGCCGUCUACGUCGUCGCGGCUGCCUUGAACCGAACCAUAUUGCACUACUGUGGAGCGAACGACAGCGUCUGUCCAGCAUUCAGAGCAACACAUGAUAAUUCCGGUGCCAUGAUACUCAAUAUUAUGCGAGACAUCACCAUUUUUGAUGAUAACAAGCAAGUUUUUACUAUGAGAAACGGCGAGGGAAGCAUCUCUUUUCACAUCAACGAGUUCACUCGAAGUAAAGGAUAUACCAAGAUCGGUAGCUACGACAGUGAAAACGCUCAGCUGACCUUGUCCAAGACGACCUCAUUGGCCUCCACCUGUCCUUCGUUCUGCUACGAAUGUUACCGAAUUGAUAAUCAGAACCAUAUAAACAACGAGGCCCAGCUCAUGAUAGGCGCUAUUUUCGGCGUUCACAAUGCCCUCACAACCGGCAGUCUGACACAUUGCGGAAAAAUAGGCCGGACGCAUGGCUAUCAGUUCGUUUCUGCCAUGGAAUACGCCAUCUCCACAGUGAACAGUAACAUAGCACCCGUCUCACUUCACGGAAUCCCGUUAGGAUCAUUGAUCCUGGACAGCUGUAAGAUUAGCCGCCAGGCGUUUGGUCUCAUGUCUGGCGUUUACUCUGGCGCUCAGCAGAUAUCGAACACAUUUAAAUCAAACCACAUUUACGCUUGGCUAACGGAGACCAGCGGCUCAGCGGAACAAAUGGGCAAGCUUGCUGCUAAACUCGGAGUACCCCUGCUGAGUCCGGCAGCAACGAGCAAAGCUUUGAUCAACUCCAAUGUCUACACGACUUUUUACCGUACUGUUCCCGGCGAAGACGUCAUAGCGUAUGCGAUCGCGAAAGUUUGCGACGCCAUGAAUUUCAACUUUAUUCAGGUGGUAUUGUCUGGUGAUGAUCUCAGUGAGAACUCUUUGAAAGUUCUUGAAUCAAAGACUGAACUGGAAGGGAUUUGCAUUAUUGCCAAGUAUAGAUUUUCCAGAGGUAUGUCUGCAGCCGACAUCAUGCAGUCCCUCAGAAAAUCCAUGUCUCCUACUGUAUUGUUUGUCACUCAAAGAGAAAUGAAUGAACUUCUGGAGAAUAAGAAGAUUCCAGCUGAUGAGAAUUUGGUAUUUAUAACACCUGAUGUCCUCUCUGAUUCUGCGUUGAGCUAUCCGAAACAAGUGAAAAACCUGCUGACAUUUCGAAAUAAACCGACAAUCAACACAACAUCGUAUUUAAACUACAUGAGUUCACUCCGGCCAGACGUUAACAAUCUUUAUGGCUUCUUCGAAGAAUAUUACCAGGACAUGUUUGAGUGUGAUCUGCCUGGGAACUACAAAUUCGGCAUGCAGUGUCCCAUGCCAUUCUCACCAGUCACACAAUCACCGAAUUUUUCGCUGGACAACAUCAUCAGUUCAACAAUCAAUGCCGUCUACAUAACGGUCCAGGCGCUCGAUACGACACUACAGCAACUGUGUGGUCAGAGCUACUCUAGCGUCUGUUAUGAGUUCUACGUGAAAGGGCGUCAACAGGAUUAUUUAUUGAGAAACCUGGACAAAGCCAAAGUCAACAGUUCCGCUUUGUCUUCCGCGUUCAAGUUCGUUAACCGAGAAGGGAGCGGAGAAUAUGACGUCAUGCGAUACGACGAAGCGGGGGCUCAACAGAAGGUCGGUACUUUUAAUGGAAUUAAUCUACGAAUGGAUGACGUAACCAGAUUCUACAGUUCCGUUGUCAGUUCUUGUCCUGGGAAGUGUGACAACUGUGUCCAACCGAACGCUAACUUCACUUACAUCCCCGGGGACAUAGUAAUUGCAGGUAUAAUUCUAUUUGUUUUCACGUGCUACAUACCGUAGCGCCCCCACCCCUACUCGAUACCUCAUACUACAGUGGCUCCCCCCCCACUCGGAAUAACGAUGGUUGGUGCGUGUAUGUAGGUGCGUGUGUGUAUGUGUAUGUGUAUGUGUGCCUGUGUGUGUGUGUGCGUGUGUGUGAGGAAGUGUGUGUGUGUGUGUGUGUGUGUACAUGUUUGUAAACAUACAUGUGUGUGCUUAUGGGGAGUGCACAUAUAUAUGUGUAUGUGUAUGUGCAUGUGUGUGUGUGUGUAUACAAGCAUACACAUAUAUAUUAUAUUGUUUGUUCCUGUCAUUACGCUGCGGCCAUGCUGGGGCACUGCCUUGAUGACUUGUAGCCCUAGUACUUGUUCUGUCGGUUUCCUUUUGCGGGGACAUAAACACACCUGCACCGGCUGUCAAGCGAUGGUGGAGGACAAACGUACAUAUACACACACACAUACAUACACACAGAUAGAUAGAUAGAUAGAUAGAUAGAUAGAUAGAUAGAUAGAUAGAUAGAUAGAUAGAUAGAUAGACAGACAUACACACAUACACACACAAACACACACACACACAUAUAUAUAUAUGUACGUACUUAUUUAAUUAUUUAUCACACACAUACACACACACACACACACACAAACACACACGUACAUUAUAUACAGCUACGUACAUAUAUAUUGGGUUGUCCGGAAAGUUUGUGCCGAUAUAUAGUAGCUUACCUUUCGACUUAUUUGCCAUGAAACCACCUCAAUUCUGGGAAGAGGGUAUUUUCAAGUUAAAGGAAAGAUGGAGACGCAUAGUGCAACAAAAGGGUUCAUAUUUGGUUGAUUAAAAAUGUAAUGGCAAGUAUUUAUUGACCCUUUUCUUUCCUUUAAGAAUCGGCACG